UUGGAUCGCAGAGCUGCAAUCUGGCAUCGGUAUCCCGGAGUGGAAUAUGUGCUGUCGAUAAGGCUGUCUCCAGCGCUGCGGUGGUGCGAAUAUCGACUCGAGCAGCGUGUGGAUGGAGAGUUUCCUGAAGGGGACCAUCGCGCGGAGAUCCUACCCAUCGACCAGAAUGCCGUCCUGGAGUUCAAUGCCCAUCGUCUUCUGGGAGUUCCAGCAAAUGCUGUUCUCCAUCCUGGUCUCAACAACCCAGUGGUUGUCAAUUUGUCUGUUCAAGUGGAACAACUCCGUCGAAGCAUGGCAGCUCCACGCGAGAGACCCAUUUGA